AUGUCUGCCGAUGCCUCCAUCAACACCUCCACGGGCAACCACUCCGUGGACCCAUACAAGACCCAGAACUUCGAAGACCCUCCUCUCCCCCAGAAGAUCGAAGAGCUGGUCAACUUCAUCUCCGAAGUGAAAUUCGGCAUGUUGACAACCCAUCAAUCAGAGGGCGACUAUCUAACCUCACGCUGCAUGGCCCUCGCCGGAAAGGAAAAUGGCGGCAUUGACCUAAUCUUCCACACAAACCUCUUCUCAGGCAAAACAAUGGACCUAACCGUCCACCCCAAAGAAACAAACAUGUCCUUCCUAGACCCGGUCAGCGGCGCCUGGGCCUCAAUCUCAGGAACAGCAUCCGUAAUCGGCGACCCGGCCAUCGUGGAGAAGUACUACUCGCCUAUGCUGAAGGCGUGGAUUGGCGACAUGGGCGACGGCGUGCACGACGGCGGGCCGUCCGACCCGCGCAUUGGCGUUAUCAAGCUGGAAGCGAAGCUGGCUACACAUGUUGUUUCCCAGAAGGGGAUUCUCGGUCGUGCGUAUAAUACUGUUAAGGGUGCUGUGCAGGGUAACGUGCCUCACAUUAAUGGGAUUCGGGAGUUGACUGGACAGGAGUUGGCUGAGUGGCGCCGUACGCAUCAGAACUAA